UAGCCUAGGUGGUGACUGUAUUUUUUUCAUAAGCGAUUUAAUGUUAUUUCUGUCGCUUUUCUGCGACCAUAAACCUGAGAAGUCUCCAAUGUUCUUGAGAAGAUGAGACUUCAGUACAGUGUAACACUCGGAGUAAAAUGUGCACCUUUAAUGAUAAUCAAGUAACGAAGUAAUUAAUAAGGAUAUUUGAAUAUAUGAUUUGUUUCAGCUUGGUUCAAGGGUCAUAGUAAAUCAUAUGCAGAAAAAUUGUAAUUGUGCUGUGUAUUUUAGCAGUACCGGUAGGCGAGAAAAGAUGGGGGACAGUCCUGGCUCUGAUCUGUACAGAGAUGCGCUUAUCAUGGGACCCAUGGUACGGGUCAGCCUGCUGCCUGCACGAUUACUGGGUCUUGACUACGGUGCCGAUCUUGUGUAUUCAGAGGAAGUUAUUGACUUCAAGAUACUGAAUUGCAAAAGACAAGAAAACUCUAUUCUGAAAACAGUGGAUUUUGUGUUACCCGAUGGAACAGUUGUGUUUCAAACAUGUGCCAGAGAGAAGGGAAAAGUCAUCUUCCAAAUGGGCACAUCCAAUGGUAAGAGAGCUCUGGCUGCUGCCCGAAAAGUAGAAAAAGAUGUAGCUGGUAUCGAUGUGAACAUGGGCUGUCCAAAAUCCUUCUCACUGCAGGGAGGUAUGGGUGCUGCUCUUCUUACAAAACCAGACAAAAUAAAAGAGAUUCUAACAACACUAGUGGAUGGGUUGUCUAUUCCCGUGACAUGUAAAAUACGCAUCCUUCCGUCGCUUGAAGAUACUCUGUCCCUCGUGCGGCUCAUAGAAAGCACUGGGGUCAAGGCCAUAGCAGUUCACGGUCGAACCAAAGAAGAACGACCAAGACAUUAUAACCACAAUGAUUAUAUCAAAGCUGUUUCUGCGGAGGUCAACAUACCAGUCAUAGCUAAUGGAGGUUCCAAAGCUAUAUCCACACAUGAAGACAUAGAGACUUUCCGGCAGGCGACGGGGUGUAGAUCAGUCAUGUUGGCUCGUGCCGCACUGUGGAAUUACUCAGUCUUCAGAAAGGAAGGCAAGCUUCCCAUCAUAGACGUCCUCAAGGAGUACAUAAAAUAUACAAUUCGGUACGAGACUCCUCAGCCAGUGGUGAAGUACUGCGUGCUGCGAUCCUUACAGGAUGGUAUAAGCACCAUUCCACAAGGGGAGGCAACUCAGCAUGCCUAUACUAUGGAGGACACAUGUGCUAUUUGGGGUCUGACAGACUUCUACAACGAGAUGCGCACCAGACUGAAAGCCUUGAGGGGACAGCUCUGUACAGAGGAAACCUGUGGAGAAAUGUCAGUAAAACGCCGAAAGUCUGACGACAGCAGAGUUCUCAUAGAAAUGCCAUUGAAAUACAUCCGGAAGUAUUACCGUCAAGGCUGCAGCCCAAAACUAAUCCUAUUUGAGUACACCAAGAAGAAUAAACUGGCUCCACCGGAAUACCAGACUAUCUAUCAAGCUGAGGAGCGAUUGUUUCACUGCACAGUUGUUGUUGAUGAUGUUAAGUAUGCUGCUACCUCAUGGGAGAAGUCCAAAAAGUGUACAGAACAGGCGGCAGCGUUGGUUUUCCUAAAAUACAACAAUCUGAAAGACCCAAGAAUGAUGACUCCAGCAGAUGCAUUUCGCGACGAUAACGAUGUUCGACAGUCAGAAGAGUCAGCUAAGACUUUGACUACUAGUGCUUCAGACGGUGCCUCAAGUCAUGGGGCAAAAUCAGAAGAUUCAUCUCUAAUUUCAUGCUCAAAACACUUAGGUAAAAACUUUGAUCAUGAAAGUGACAGCAAACAGAGUGAAAGCCCAGAUGUUCAAUGUGUACUGUGUGAUAAUAAUACCGACAAUGUAAAUCUGACUUUUGAACAGAAUAAGGAAAAGUCAGAAUUUUUAAACUCGAACCCUGCAAAGGACAGUAUUGGAUUGGAAUGCAGUGGUAAUUUAGGGCAAGAUGGACAUGGGUCAGAUGAUCUUUGUACCACUGGGCAGAUUUCUUUAGAUGACAAACACAGACAGCAGCAGAUUCCCACAGCUGAGAACAGCAGGUGAUCCUAAGUGACAGAAACAGUCAAAACCUACUGUGAUAUUGAUAGAUAAGGUUUUUAUUUAUGCAAAUUUUAAAAUUUGACCAUGACAGAGUACAUCUGUUAGCUGGAAUAGACUAGUCUGAUUUACCAUAUGCUUGGAGUCAGAGUGCUACAUGGACAUGACCACAGGUGAUGCUCUGUCAUAAGUGUACAUAUACAUGUGUGACUCUGUUUACUAUGCUUUGAUCCAUGUGAUUUACCUGAUGAUGCACAUAUGGUAUAAAGUGAAAUCAACACAGCUUUGAUUGACGGACAAUUUCAACUUUGUCUUACAUGCAGAUUUUAAAUGUGGAAUAUGGACGAUAUCCAGUGUUAUUCUUUGGCUUAAUGUUUGGGUUAAUUCAACAUGCAGAUCUUUGCCAGAAAUGAAACAGGAUAUGUCACAUUGUGAUUUUAUAGUUACAUGUAUGAUAAAGAAAUGAAGAUGUGAAAAUAUCUGUUUUUCGUGCCGACAAAAAGGGUUUAUGCCAUGUUUAUGUUAUUUAAUGUGGUUACCAAUGUAUGUAAAGUCAAAAAAUGAAAAAAUA